GACAGCAAGGCGGAACCGGAACAGAGCGACAAAUGAAGAGUCCUUCUUGCUUACGCAGGAGCGCUCAGCAGUAGCACUUCCUCUAUGAAAUGUUAUAAAAGUCACCAACAAACCUGAACACACACGUUCAACAAGCUCACAGAAUGAAGACGCUGUUGCUUUCACUCCUCUGUCUGUUUGUGUGGAAUCAAACCACAGAAGCUUUCACUGAUCAACGGCUGGUUUUAGGACAGAAUGUGACUUUAGCCUGUGAGUUCAGAUUAAAAGCCAUUAUUUGGUUUGUGAUGAAACUACCAGCUCGUCCAGAGAUGAUACUGCGAACUUUUGGACCACCUAAACAGGUGGAAUAUUACAACACAAAAUUCAUCAGCAAAUAUUCAGAGGGAGGCUGCAGCCGCUUAUUUAUAAAUAAUGUCAGUGCUGAUGAUUUAGGAAUUUAUUACUGUAUAAAACCAGGCUGGUAUCUAGAGGUCAGUAAUGGUACCAGACUGCACACCUCUGAAUCCCCCCAAAGUCACAAUGAACCAGAGCAAAAAAAUCCAGCACAAGAUCAGACAGCACUUCAGAUUCUCAUCAUCAUGUUCAGCCUGUUGACUGUUGUGCUGUUUGCUGCAGUUAUAGGUUUAUUAAUGAUGAACCAUAAACUAUCUAAGAACAUUCCUGAAUAUGUCAAUGGUCAUCAGAUUUCUACUAUGAAGUUUCGUGAGAGUAACAGAGGAAAAACAGAUCCUGAAUAUCUAGAGGUGCUGCCAAAUAUCAGAGGUCUGCUGCUGGUGUGUCAAACUACAGAGAGUUUAACUGAUAAACAGGAAUAUAUUAUUGUGCAAAAACAGGCACGACUCUACAGCUCAGCAAUGGCACCAGACUUUACACUACUGAAUCUGCCCAUGACCAAAAUCAAACAGAAUGCAACAAUCAUAAUCAAACACAUUGUGAAACAACACCCAAUUUUCACAGGAUUCUGACCAUUACAUCCUUCCUAUUGAACAUUGUGCUGAUUAUUGCAAUAAUAGGUCUGUUAAUGCUCAAACUUAAGAAGCCAAUAAAAAGUCGACAACAACCCCAGAAUGUCAAACCAGUGUCGCUUGAGGACUU